CGUGCCAUGCCAUGAUCCACCAUGCUAUGUCCUGUGCCAUGCCGUGCCGUGCCAUGCCAUGAUCCACCAUGCUAUGUCCUGUGCCAUGCUGUGCCAUGCCAUGCCGUGCCAUGCCAUGAUCCACCAUGCUAUGUCCUGUGCCACGCUGUGCCAUGCCGUGCCGUGCCAUGCCAUGAUCUACCACACUGUGCUAAGUUGUGCCGUGCCACCCUGUGCCGAUCCACAUCCCACUGAGCCCCACACCGUGCCGUGCCCCACACCGUGGGCCGUGCCCUGCUCAUGCCCUCUCCCCGCAGGAGCACGGCCUGGACUUCCAGCGGCUCCUGGAUGCCAGCGCCUACAAGGAGCGGUACCGGCAGGACAUGAUCCGCUGGGGCGAGGAGAAGCGCCGCGCCGACCCGGGAUUCUUCUGCCGGAGCGCGGUGCAGGGCGCGGCACAGCCGGUGUGGGUGGUGAGUGACACGCGGCGCCUCUCGGACGUGGAGUGGUUCCGGGAUGCCUACGGGGACGCGGUGCUGACCGUGCGUGUCACAGCCACCGAGGAGACGAGGAAGAGGAGGAGCUGGGUCUUCGUGGCGGGGGUGGACGACGCCGAAUCCGAGUGCGGCCUGGACCAGGGGGUGCUCUUCGAUUGGGUGAUCGCCAACGACGGGGACGGGGCGGCCCUGGGCGCGCAGCUGGAGGCACUGCUGCAGGACGUCCGCAGCCGCCUGUAGCCACGGGCUGGGGAUGGGGGGGGGGGGNCGGGGC